UCCAAGUAGAUCUCGGAUCUUUUAAAGCUUCCUUGCUUCAGGGUACACGUACACAGACAAAGUUAUUUCUCUCUCUCUCACAAAUCAUAGAUAGGAAAGUGCAAAGUUAAGAGUGGUUCUGUUCGGUGUUUCCUACGAAUCCAUUCAGAGACAAGAAAAGGGUAUGCCUAUAUCUUUGUUUCAGUCUUGUUGUUGACCUGCAUACAGUUCUAAUCUGCAGAUUUUGGUCCAGAAGCUUGUGAUUCAAUCGUUCUGUGUAAAAAAUCAACUGUAGGACUGUGAUUCAAGGUUGAUCAUAUUUAUAAGAGUUAGAGAAAGAGAGAGUUUUGGAGAGAUACUAAAGUGGAAUAUUAGGGUUGGAGAAAAACGUUGACAUGAGCAACAAGCAACCAGUUGAGUUAGACGACAAGCAAAUCGCCGAGCUGCGUGAAAUCUUUCGUUCUUUUGAUCGGAACAAUGAUGGCAGUCUAACACAACUUGAGCUCGGAUCACUCUUACGGUCACUUGGUCUAAAACCAAGCCCGGAACAGCUCGAAACCCUGAUUCAAAAGGCUGACAAGAACAGCAACGGAAUGGUUGAGUUCUCGGAGUUCGUGGAGCUUGUGGUGCCGGAGCUUCUUCCGGCUAAAUCUCCAUAUACAGAAGACCAGCUAAGGCAGCUGUUUGGGAUGUUUGAUAGAGAUGGAGAUGGUUUUAUCACGGCUGCCGAGUUGGCUCACUCCAUGGCCAAGUUGGGCCAUGCACUUACUGUGGAGGAGUUGACGGGGAUGAUCAAGGAGGCCGAUACGGAUGGAGAUGGGAGGAUUAAUUUCCACGAGUUCUCACAUGCCAUAACUUCUGCUGCAUUUGAUAAUUCAUGGUCUUGAAAUGAAACAUGGGUUUUAGUUUUGAACACCAGUGGCAGUUGGCGACAUUUGAAAACUCUUGAGGUUGCUGCUUUGGUCAUCUACAAUGAAAGACUGGGUUGUUUUUUCAUUUUAAUAUGAUUGUGUUGAUCCCGUUCUUGGUUCUUGCAGGUUGGACGAACUUUCGCGCCCGCAGCAUGUUGAUGAUCCAUUCCGACAUGCUCAGAAAACUACAAGUUUAUGCAGUGGUUGAUUCCUUUCAUUCAUGAACCAUGCUUUUGCAUGACAAAUGCAGCAUGUAUAUAUUCCUUUCUGACAUUAUCUGUUAGUAUGUUGGGUGAGUCGGGACUCGGGAAGUCUAUUUCCUCAAUCUCCUCCCGGCGACUUCGAAUUAGCUCAAGAUAUCUUCCAAAUGAUCUUAGGUUUAU